CUCCCUUGCUCAGAGGCAGUAAAUGUGUAACAGCAGCUCCAUCACCGAGUUCCUCCUGCUGGCAUUCGCAAACACACAGGAGCUGCAGCUCCUGCACUUUGCGCUCUUCCUGGGCAUCUACCUGGCUGCCCUCCUUGGAAACGGCCUCAUCCUCACUGCCAUAGCCUGUGACCACCGCCUCCACACCCCCAUGUACUUCUUCCUCCUCAACCUUGCUCUCCUCGACAUAGGCUGCAUCUCCACCACUGUGCCCAAAGCCAUGGCCAAUGCCCUCUGGAACACCAGGGCCAUCUCCUAUCAAGGGUGUGCUGCACAAGUCUUCUUUUUAGUCUUCUUGUUCAGUUCAGAGUAUUUCCUUCUCACUGUCAUGGCCUACGACCGCUACGUUGCCAUCUGCCAGCCCCUGCACUACGGGAGCCUCCUGGGCAGCAGAGCUUGUGCCCAGAUGGCAGCAGCUGCCUGGGGCAGUGGCUUUCUCAAUGCUGUCCUGCACACGGCCAAUACAUUUUCCCUUCCUCUCUGUUGUGGCAAUACCCUCAAGCAGUUCUUCUGUGAAAUUCCCCAGAUCCUCAAGCUCUCCUGCUCAGACUCCUACCUAAGGGAAUCUCAACUUACUACAGCUACUGCUUUUCUGUUCACAGUUAUCUUUGCCCACCUGAAGCCCGCCUCGAUUUCCUCCCCUUCCCUGGAUCUUGUUCUGGCAUUCCUGUACUUGGUGGUGCCUCCAGUAGCGAACCCCUUCAUCUACAGCAUGAGGAACAAGGAGAUCAAGGUUGCCAUGUGGAAAGUGAUGACU